CUCGUGGGAGACAGUGUCAGCCCUGGUUUCGGUGUGAUCAACAAAGUGUGUGUGAUAAAUAAAAGCAUUCGAAUUAAUUGUAAAUUCAAAUUAAUUGUUAAAGCGUCGCUGCUGCGCUAUUUGGAACUUGCAGCCCGAUGAGCAGCAAGAGGAGACGCAUACGUCGAUCUAAAAAGAUAUUUGAUUUCAACAAAUUCAACAUGGCAAAUGGAAUGUUAAUUGACAUUGCCGAGGAACUGAACGACAAGUUUCCCAACGAAGGACGCGUUCAAUUCUCCAAAUUAAAUACAUUAUAUUUGGCAGCACGCAGCAGUCAUAUGAAGAGAUUUGUGGAAGCACUCAAUACGAUCAGUUCAACGAAUAUUCAAACUUAUUUGGUUAAUACGAAUUUUGACCAACCCGAUGGUCAAUCGUUGACGCCUUUAACCAUGGCCGCCAUGUCCGGCAAUGUGACGUUUGUGAAGACGCUUCUGUCGCACUACGACGUGGAUCUGGAGCGGGAAUGCAAUGUCAUCUUCGAUGGUCUGGUGGUCUAUGGGGCAACGGCAUUGUGGGUUGCAGCUGGCAUGGGGCAUCUGCAGAUUGUCAAGAUGUUGGUCCAAGCAGGCGCUUCUAUCAAUCACAAUACCAAGGCACAAUCGUCGCCAUUGCGUGCCGCCUGCUACGAAGGUCGCCUGGAUAUUGUGGAGUUUCUGAUCGAGCAUGGGGCAGAUGUGAAUGGCACGAAUUUGUUCAACAACAACACGCUGAUGAUUGCUGCCUACAAAGGACAUCAUCUGGUUGUCAACACGCUGCUGCAGAAUGGUUCUCGCCCCAAUGAUCAGGCGCUUUGUGGCGCCACAGCGUUGCACUAUGCAGCAGAGAGUGGACAUCUGGAUGUGGUGAUAGCGCUGCUGGAUCAUGGAGCAACAUUGCAGAGCAAUGGGGUAGGCAUUACACCCGCGUUGCAAGCUGCCGAGCGACUGCACGAGGAUGUCGUUGAGGCAUUCAUACAGCGUCCAGGUUUGAUGAGCAAGGAGGAGCAGAUCACAGCUUUGGAACUGUUGGGAGCUACCUAUGCCAACGAUAAGACCAAAUAUGAUGUGACACGUGCCUACAGCUACUUGAUGCGUGCCAUGGAAUUGCGUUACAGCGAUUCGCGGCAUGUGGUGCGAAAGAAGGUGCAACAACCUGUCCCGGCCUACGACAGCUGGUUUGAGACCGAGAAUCUGCCCGAAUUGAAUGCCAUUAAAUUGAAUCAUCACUCCAUACACAUGGAAUCCCUGGCUAUACGCGAGCGUGUGCUUGGCAAGAACAAUCCAGAGUUGCCACAGGCCAUCAUUUAUCGCGGUGCGGUGAUGGCCGAUCAGGGACGCUUCGAACAGUGCCAGGUGCUCUGGAACUAUGCCAUCGAUCUGCGCAUGCGCAACAAUGUCUCCGUUGAUCGUGACUUGCUGCGUUUUGCACAGCUUUUUGCGCAGAUUUUGCGCGUGGAGAACCACCGACUGACGCUGGAUGAUGUGCUGCCAGUUCUGGUCAAGUGUCAGCUGGAGAUUGAGAGCAACAAGCAGAAAAUGCUGAACACAAAGCCAAACACAUGUGCCAGUUUGUUGCAGGAUCAGAAUAAUCAGAACUGCAUUACAGCCUUGUAUUUAAUCAAGAUUGUUACACUGUUGGCGCGUCGCAAAAAGGAUCAGGAUAUCAAUGAGGAGCAUAUACAACAGUUGUUCCUGGUGGUGCGCAAGUUUAUCCAAAAUGACACACGUCUCCAAGAUGGCCAAACACUGCUGCAUCUGGCAGUCAACGGAGUGACGCCAGUUGAUGAAUUCUAUACCAACGAAAUGUGCAAAUUUCCAUGCUAUGCUACCACUUUGGUUCUGGUGCACUGCGGCGCCUCUGUUGUGGCUGUGGAUGCAGCUAGGAAUACUCCACUGCACAUACUGGUGACCAAGAUAAACGCUUCACAGGAUCGUCAAGGUGAAAUGGCGCGUAUUCUGCAGCUAUUUGUGGAAGCAGGCGCACACUUGGAUGCGGUAAAUGCUGCAGGUCAAACAGCAGCCACAGCUUGCAAGCAAGUUAACUUGGCCAAUCAGCUGCAUGGUCAUCAGAAUGCGCACACGAGUUUAAAGUGUCUUGCGGCACGUUCGAUUGCCACAAAUCGUCUGAAUUUUAGAGGCAUGAUACCCACACAGCUGGAAGCUUUCAUACAAAUGCACAGCGUGCACAAGGUGCUUACUUAGAUAGCCAAAAAAACAAAAUAAGCUUGGCCCAAAACCUGGCUAAAAAGUCAUGGGCCAAACCAAAAACAAACUCAAGUCAUUAGGAACUGUGUAUAUUUUGGAGUCAUGGCACAACAAAAUGUUUAAAUGUGUAUCGAAUUUAGUGACUUAAGUUAGCCAAAUGCCAAUAUGUACACCUAAGAACAUUGAAAUAGUUGUGAAAAUAAUUAAUAAUAAUUAAUUUCGAAUAGUUUAUGAACUAGACACAAAUGAUGAUUUAAAAAAUUAUUUAAGAGUUAUUAAAAUACAACCCAUAUUAAAUAACCUACUGAUAUUUUUGAAAUCCUAAUUUAUGUAUACUUUGUAAACCUAAAACAUCAAAAACAAUUAAUAUUUUCACACAUAUUUCAAUGUACAAUUGUGUAUAUUUUAUAAUUUUACACUCACACACAACUUAUAAACAUUGUAUACUUACUUAAUGUUAUAUUGUUUAUAUUUGAUAUAAUUUGUAUGCAACGAAAAUUCAUCAUUUAUUUAUUUACAAUUUAAAACUCACACUUUGACUGACUGUUUGUUUAUACAAAAAAAAAAAAAAAACCAUAUGUGAAAUCAUUUUGUACAUUUUCUAUGUGUAUUAAUUAAUUAAUGUUAAUUGUAAUGCGGCGGCGGCAUUAUU